CCAAAUCACCAGACACUGAUUCAUCGUGAGUAAGGGUUUGUAUGUCAUACAAAAUCCGAAAUCCGAAUUAUGCAUUUCAAUAAUUGUCUAAUCUCUGUUGGUAUUGUCGCAUGAAAGCAGUGGAUUUACUUGACGAUUUCUUCUCGUCGACGUGGGAACAAGAAGACAGGUAGUCGGUGACCUGAUGACUGAGCAUGCGUGGUUGUCAUAUCCGGUUUGUCACAAAGUAGUGGAUGACGUGAGGUGAAACCAAUCUCACAGCUGACACCGGACUGGCUCUCUGAGGAGUAUAUGACUUUGCUCGCACAACACCUCUGUUCAGGCAACCUCACUUCAUGUCAUAUAGUAGCUGCCUUGCUGUUCUAUGAAGGAAUUAAAACUGAACCCCGACCUGUUUACGGGUUCGGAGAUGAGGUCCGGUCGGAUACUUAGCGAACAGCAGCUAAAGCGACUAUCAGAACACAAGUACAGUGCUGGAGGACAGUCGUUGUUGGAACCUUUUCUACAGCCGUUUUGGAGAUGGCUUGUGGAGCAGAUACCAUUAUGGGUAGCUCCAAAUCUCCUUACCAUAGCUGGACUCGUUGUAAACAUUGUAUCAACGUUAAUCAUCAUAUACUACAGCCCCGAUGCGAAAUCUGAGGUAAGCUGGUGGCCAUUUGCAGGUGCAGCUUUGGGGCUUUUCAUCUACCAGUCUCUAGAUGCCAUUGAUGGAAAGCAGGCACGACGCACCAACUCCAGCAGUUCACUUGGAGAACUUUUCGAUCAUGGCUGUGAUUCUGUAUCUAUGGUGUUUGUCACACUGGGAGCCACUGUGGCACUUAACCUGGGGAAAGAAACCAACUGGAUGAUGUUUGAAAAUUUAAUGGGUUACUUUCUAUUUUACUGUGCCCAUUGGCAGACAUAUGUGUCUGGCACCCUUAGAUUUUACAAGCUGGACGUUACAGAAGGUCAGAUGUCUGUGAUGUUAAUUUACAUAUUCACCGCAAUCUUUGGCUCAGGCUUUUGGGAAAUGCAGUUGCCUGUCCUUUGUUUAAAAAUGAAGAUGCUUCCAGUCUACUUCAGCAUUUUUGGUUGCAUAGUACAGCUACGAUCAAAUUUUGGUGUCAUCUUUAUGGAAGGUGGUGUAGGGAAGAACGGGUCUACUGUUGCAGGUACAAGCACAAUUUUUCCACUUUUUCCAAUGGCAGCAGUGAUUGGUCUGACACUGAUGGUAGCAUAUAAAUCUCCAUCAUCUGUUUAUGAAAAUCAUCCUUGUCUUUACAUACUGGCCUUUGGCAUUGUGGUUGCCAAAGUUACCAACAGAUUGGUGGUUGCACACAUGACCAAGAGUGAGAUGGACUUGUGGGACAGCAGUUUAUUUGGUCCAGCGCUGCUUGUCAUCAAUCAGUACUUUGACUGUUGCUGUAAUGAGUACCUGGUCCUGUGGCUUUGUCUUUUAUUUGUGGUUGCAGAUAUGUGCCGAUAUUCCCUGGCUGUUUGCCAGGAGAUAUGUGACUUCUUGGGUAUCUACUGCUUUGUAAUUACAUCUAAACCAUCCCGUCCCACGAAAAACUCCACCAGGAACAAUUUGUUAUCAUCAACAAGCAAUGGCAGCCAAUAGUUUCUGUUAGCAAGGAGAGUGUGUGUGUGUUCGCGUGUAUGCAUGUGCACAUAUAUAGCUAUGUGAAUUUCAAGUGGUAAUGGGAUGGAGAUCACUAUUAUGUGGUAAAUGUUAAUUUUUUAAUGAUGAGGCUAGGUGUGUACCUCUGCCUAGGAAAUUGACAGUGAUGAUCACACAUAUUUAGAUAAUUUCUCAAGUGCAUAAUUUUUGUUAUUUGUAAGAAGCUAUUCAUUUGUUUGCUUGUCCUUUUUUAAAUAGGUAACCACUUUCAGAAACCACUUCUGUUUAUAUCUUGUGGUAAACACCUUUUUACUUUGCAUUCACUCCACACUUUGAUCAUUUAGGUGGCCAUUUGAACACAGACUGAAGAAUUCCAUGACAUCUUUUAUGUAUUUAUUUGCUUAUCUUGUGGGCAUGUUUUAUGGCAAUAAUAUUCUUGCAGUCUAGGAAGAAUAGUUAACAAUUUUUCUAGAAAGGGAAGACAAUUGAGUACUUUUGUUCAAUGAUAAAGGAGUGAUUUUGUGUGCUUAUAUGUAUAAAACUAGAAAAUAUUCCACAUGACCUUUAGAUCUUUUUGUUUUUGUUACUGUAACUGGACAUGCAUUUGUUCUAUAGCUGACAUAUGAUCAGAGCUCACAAAUUCAUCAUAAUGACAUUCUAGAAAAUGACAGAAUAUAAUUCAAAGUUGACAUACAGUAGUAUACCUUAUCAGUAUAGAAUAAAUUAUUCCUUGACAGAUAUAAAUACUAAACCCAAAGUAUUGAACCUUAACAGAAGAUGAAUGUAAGAGAAUCAUUAAUUCUCCAGUUACCUUUCAGUGACAAGUGACAGUGACAUGAUAAUAAGAGAAAUUACACGGAACUCUUUUUUUGCUUCCACGAAGUCUUGUUCUCCGUCACGUGACGCUAUGACGUGUGGUUUCCAUAGUGAGAAAGUAAACCAUCAUUUCAAAUGAUAGCCUUUUUACAUUCAAACACGAGUAUAUUCCCUUCCAAAAAAAUUUUAGAACCAAAGAAAAAAAUGCAUCCAAAUAGUGGCUUUUGAGUUUGAAAUUGUUUGUCUGAUGAUGUUAUGUCCAGAGAGUGCAAAGAAAAUUGCUAGAAAAUUGGGACACCUGUCUCUGAUCAUUCCCUUUUGUGUGAGACCUCAGUAUUUUUGCAUUGAGCUAUUUUGGUGGUAAAAUAGAGCAAUAAUUUAUGAGUAGAGUAGUAACUUGAUGAGAACUAUUUGCUCUUUCGCUAGUAGGUUGCCUCAUUUCCCCUAUGGUUUUGUACAGAUGAUGCAAUAUUUUACACAAUUUUGUAUCAAAGUACAUUCAAUGGUAGCUUGAAGAAAAAAAUGUAAGCAGGUUUAAGGAAUUUUUCUGCCUGACCGUUCUCUUAUAUCCCUGCUGUUAAACUUGUUUUGCAAAAAAUUUUUUUUUUCUUUUAAUAAGGAAACACUAAAUUAAGAAUAAUUCAAAUUUAAAUAGUAGUCUGUAGUAUUCAAAAGUACUCAAAAUAUGUAAUGUUUAAAGUAGUAUCGGUGGUUUGAGUACCUUCUAGCACAGUUUUGAAUUGGUUUACUUUAUCUCUUUAACUCGGAGCUGAUACAAUUUAUGAUACAAUUAUAAUUGUAUAUUAUUUUUGCUUAUCUCAUAAACUUGGUGUACAGAUGAUAUUUAAUGUAUCAUUGCUUAUAUACAUCAUUUUUAAGGAGUAAUGGUCAGGCUUUAAGUAAUUCCCAUGAAACCUAUUGCUAAAUAUUAAAUAGUUUAUUGGUCAGCAGAUGUCUUUAUUUUGAUGCCAUAUUUUGCAAACAUCAAGCAAAACAAAAGUAACAAAUACAGUAGGAUAAAGAGUCGACCAAUUCACUAUGGGAACAAGUAGUCCCUGCAUAAUAGUCCUACCUAGUAUUGCCCCCACCAGAAAAGCUCAGUCAUCAGAAUAUUGUUUCUCUGACCUAUAUUUUUGUAAUGCAUCAUGAUUUCUGUUAAAAACACAUAUCAUCUGCUGAACUUCAUGUAGGCAGUAAAACUUAUAUAUAUAUACUUUGACUGGUCCAUGAUAAAACAAAGCAUAUAGUGCGAAGAGCCUGAACACAACAGUGUGCCAAGUCAGACAGGCUGGCAGGAACCGACCAUCACAAUGCCAUUAUGCAUGUAUACUCUCUAAAAAGCACUAGAUUGUUGCAAGUUUCAAAAACGUUUCCUGUGCAUGGUGAGUUGAAAAGAUAUUCAUUAAAGAGAGAGAGUGUGUGUAUUGUGUACAUGUGCACUAAAUCAAAUAAAAAUCUGUAUCUUUUUAUGGGUGCAAGUGUAUCAGGUAAGUGUCGCUUGUUUUUAAAAACCUAUGUCAAAUUUCCGAUAAAGGAAGCAAUGCCCAAGAAUCCUUAGCCUGCUGGUUUGAGAUGGUUUUGACUGGAAUAUGGGAAUCACAGAAAUGCAACAUCCAUUUGCAGACAAUACAAAAUUAUCAACUUAGAAAUUAGCCUGAUAUAUUUUGUCAGGCAAUAGUUUCUUCACAGUAAACUUUUACAGCAUGUACACUCCUGGCUGCCUUGCACCAGCUUGUUCUUUUUGUCACAAGAUACAGGCAGCUGACAAGAAGCAAAUGUGUCAGUCCUGUCAUAUUUUACUGUCAUGUCCCAUGAUGGACAUUCCUUGCUUGUCCUUCGGCGGUCCGGUGGCGCAACGGUUGGCACUGUCACCAAUACAGUUAAGGUUGGCUGUCCUGGGUUCAACUCUCGUCUUGGGCACACUGUUCUUUCUCUGCACGUGGCAUAUGUUAACAGGGCUGGCUGCCUUGCCAUGAUAUAGCCAUAGCUGCUGGCACGGCGUAAAACACCAAUUCCUCCCACCCACCUUUGCUUGUCCUUCAGCAUUUAUGUUCUUAUUAUAAUUUACUUAAUAUAAUGUUGCUAUGUAAAAAGUUCGAUUUUAUGACUUUCAAGUCCUGUUUGCGGUUGCCAGACCAAAUGAUGUCCUGGGCCUUUUAUGGCCCACAGGAGGGACAUUUCCCAUCUAUGGGUUAGAGCAUUAGGUUUCCCUGAAAGUUCUUGAUCUGCAAAGCAGCAUCCUUGACAAUUUCUGUAAACUAGUCAAAAGCAUCUCAAACAUUUUAAGAAGUACCUGCCAUUAUGAACUUGAUACAGUAUUGCCCGCAAAAAGAGAAGUAUAGAUAUCGUCACAUUUUGUUAAUUAUUAUGAAAAAACUUUUCUGAUUUGUCAGCACCUGGCUUAAAAAUAAGACACCAUUAGUUUUAGUUUCACUGUGUGAGACUCUAUAUUUGUAAAUAGUGUGAGGCAUGUUUGAAGCAGAAGCAUUUGUCAAGUUUAUAAUACAGAAUAGUCAUUUUACUCUCUUUUAGCAGGGAAGUGGAGAUCCACCAGGCAUAUUAAACCAAUAUUUACUGAUUGUUUUUGAUCACUUGUCACUGUGUAGAGCAAAAUUAACAUUUUUUUCUUUUAGCAGCAUCUCCCAACCCACUUAACCCUACACUUGCACCAAAAAAAAUCUUUGGUUAAGUCCACAAACGUCACAAGUUACAUUUUGCUUUGUAUAUAGUUCAACAUUCUCCAUGCCUGUAUCCCUACCUUGUCAUAUUUGGGGAUUUUUUGUGUGAGAAUGGUAGCUGGGGGAAGGGCCAUGAGCAGUUGCAUUUUUAGAUUUUAUCUAGUUGUAAAUCCACACUUGCAUAUGUGCACUGAUGUGUUUCUAUGGAUUUGUAGAUUAUCUUUGCACCUCCUUUCAAAAUAAUUCCACUUAUUUUGAUAUCCUUCAUCUGAAAGUUGCAGAACCCUGUAAACUACUCUCUGGGGGCUACAGAAUUUUGUGCAGGUCACCUGUUGGUACCAUAAUUGUGUGCUUGCAAAAUUAAUGUCUGAAACGCUAAUGCUAGAUCUCUCAAGUGUAUCAAAUGGUUGUAAACAUUCGUUUUCAAACCUAUUUAAAAGCAAAUGGAUCUUCAAAAUGCACAACAAUUUAUCUGUAAAGAAUGCACAAGCUUAACAUUUGGACAAUGCCAGUGUGAAUGUUUUUUGUCUGGUGCCAUUUGAAAGUCCACUGAGAAAAAAAAACUCACUUGUUUUUUCACAAGGAGCAGAGAAAAGUGGAAUGUUUAGUUGUCCCUUGAUGUACAACAGCUGCCUCAGUCUUCUUCUUGGCUACAUUGUUUUGGAUUAGCACUAGGUUGUAAUUUUAUUGGAGCACUAGAAAUGCAUUAUAUACACACUUGCUGAUAGCAUGCAGACAACUAUUGGAACUGCUGCUGGUGAAGUCAAAAUGUCAGUGUGACCGGUCCCCAAAGAGUGUAUUUAAUUUUAUUUUAUUUUAUUUUUUUUUUAGGUUGCCAUACAUGUAAUAGUUUGUUGUAUUUGGAAAGUAAGGGUCUGUUUCUGUGGUGAUGAAAUGUUUGGUUUUGUUGGAAGUGCAGGUUGCAACAAACCAAAGAUCUGCUCAGGGACGUCUUCCUCUCUGCUUAAUCCAUCCGUGAUAAUGCACUUGGAAGACGAGACCUGUUGUGUCUGUCAAAAUAAGUGUCUUUCCAUCUUUUAUUUUCCUUGGUCACUAGAUGCAAGCAGUUAAAUAUUCCACAAAGAGUAUUCCAGAAAAUUGGAUUGUGACUGUUUUGCAUGAUUUUAUUUCUGUUCUCUGCGAGGUCAAAGAACACAGUGAACAUUAAUAAAACAUUUAAUGUCA